UAUUCGCACUGCAGACUUUUGGUUCAGUUGCAGCAAACUGUUUGCCACUGUCGCACGGGUGCCGCCAAAUAAAUAUUUUUUUUGAGAUCAAACUAGCAAAAAACUGUUACAUUGUAGCAACCAGACUCACGGAUAAAAAUAUACGUCGAUUUAUGGUUACAGUGUAAAGCUAUUGUAUCACUCUCUUCAGAACCAGUGUCGAUACAACACCGGACGGACGAAUUUCAAACAUGGGCACAUUUUCGGCAUGGUCGAUCUUUCUGGUGGUCUCGCUGCUAGCUGUGAAAGUCCUGUCCCAGGAUUUUGGUGACUUCGACCUGUCUGAUGCCUUGGAUGAUGGCGAUGUCACUAAAGCACCAGCAGCAGCCACACCGAAACCCAAACCGGUUCCAUCGGGAGCAGACCUGGACCUGUCAGACUUCUUUGGAGAGGGGGACAAGAUUACCACCACCAAAGCUCCUUCUAAGGUUCCUCCUAAAGUCCCAGCAACCAAGGCCCCGCUCAAACCCAAACCCAAACCAGCAGGUGAUGAGUUUGACCUGAGUGAUGCUCUGGACCCCAAAAACGACAUUGGAGGGAAGGACAAGAACAAGGGACAAGCAGAUAAAGGUAUCGGAGGUGGGGGCAAGGGUGCCGGAGCUUCCAACAACAGAGGGGGGAAUGGGGGUGGAUCCUUCUCGGACGAUGAUCUGUUUGACGUUGGAAAAGACAACACCUAUAAACCCGACAAAGGGAAAGGUGGACGUAAUGGUGGCCCAUCCACUGCUGAUGACAACAACUAUGACACCAUGGCGGAGACCGGAACCAUCGCAGGGAUUGUCAGUGCCGUUGGCGUGGCGCUGGUUGGCGCGGUUACGAGCUACAUCUCCUACCAGAAGAAGAAGUUCUGCUUCAGCAUACAACAGAGCCUGAAUGCAGAACUGGUGAAGACUGAUAACCCGGACGCUGUGGUGGCCACAGAACCACAAGUUCAACAGACUCUUCUGGAACCCCCCAAUGCUGAGCCCCCUAAGUGAAGUCAUCCAGUCGUUGCACUAGCUGUCACUCCAACCCCACUGACCAGUUAGAAGUAAGAACGCAGGGCUCUUAUGACAUCACAAUGUAAACAAUGUAUUCCGACUGUACCAUUCACUUCAGAUACGUACUAACAAUAUGGCCUUCUGCAUGCACAGAAUCCACGCCUGAUUCACUAGUGCCUGUCAACUGAACUACACACACACAAUUUACGCACGCACGCACGUACAUAUGUAUGCGCAAUCACACACACAAAACACACAUUUUACAUGUAUGCACACACACACACACACAGUCAAUAAAGGCCACUGGUUUGCUAACUAACAAUGAGCAUCUGAAUGUUGGACAAUCUUGGAUAAAUCUUAUACUAUCAACAGAAAUGUGAUGAUUCCUACUGAGGCUUUCUAUACUGCUGCAGUUCUAUACUAUAUCUCACUGCUGUCUCUCACUCUCACUGGCAAUACAUUAUGGAACAACAUUCAUCAAUCAAUGAAACCCAAUAAAAUUAUUUGAAAAGAAAAGAAACCCCAAGA